GCUUUAAAAAAACAACAACAACCGGUCGAAGGUGAUCAUUUUGUGAGGGAGGGAGGAAAAAAUGAAGGCCAGGCGCGCGCUGCACUUCGUGUUCAAAAUCGGCGACCGAGCUCAGACCGUCCGUUUCUAUCGGGAGCUACUGGGCAUGCGCGUCCUAAGGCAUGAAGAAUUUGAAGAAGGCUGCAAAGCUACUUGUAACGGUCCUUAUGACGGCAAAUGGAGCAAAACGAUGGUGGGUUACGGGCUGGAGGAUGGCCACUUCGUCGCAGAGCUGACCUACAAUUACGGCGUCGGAGACUACCGCCUUGGCAACGACUUCCUGGGGAUGACGGUCGUGUCCAGCCAGGCUGUGAGAAAUGCCCGAAAGCUGCAGUGGCCACUCAAGGAAAUCUCGGCGGGCAUCUACGAAACGGAAGGUCCGGGGGGAUAUAAGUUCUGCUUGGAAGACAAAGAGCCAGCGAAGGAAGACCGAGUGCUAAAAGUGACCCUGGCUGUGUCCAGCUUGCAGAAAUCCGUCGACUACUGGUCCAGGCUUCUGGGCAUGAAAGUGUACGAGAAAGAUGAAGGCCAGCGGACAGCGCUGCUCGGCUACGCGGAGAACCAGUGUAAGCUGGAGCUGCUGGACAUCGGGCGAGUUGUGGACCACGGAACAGCCUUUGGGCGGAUCGCCUUCUCUUGCCCCAAGGAAGAGCUGGCUGACCUCGAGGCCUUGAUGAAAAAGGAAAACCAGAAGAUCUUGACUCCCCUAGUGAGCCUGGACACGCCGGGGAAAGCGACGGUGCAAGUGGUCAUCUUGGCGGAUCCGGACGGCCACGAAAUCUGUUUUGUGGGAGACGAGGCCUUUCGGGAGCUGUCCCAGGUCGACCCGAAUGGCGGGAAACUCUUGGACGAGGCGAUGGCGGCCGACAAAAGCCACGAAUGGUUUGCGAAACGUAACCUCCCAAAGCCUUCUGCAUAGCCCCAGCGGGGUCGCUUAUCGGAGGAGGGGCCCCUCCCUUCGUCGCCCACCAAUGAAAACGGCUGCCGUUCACUGGACUCCCCUUUCAAAAGCCAAACAAAAGUUCGUUCCGGCUUUCCCCAGAUCGGCGCCUGUGCAGACGGGUUGGACUACAACAUCCAUCAUUCCCUAGCCCCGUAAUCCAACCCGUCCGCACAGGCGCCGGGCUGACGGACAGUUGAUUAACUGCUUCCUCCUUGUAUCAAGUCUUUUUGCUUAUAGGUGGGGCGGGUUUAGAUAACGCACUGGGGAAUUUGGUUUUUCGCUCCGGAGCGCUGGGGGUGGGAAUUGUAUCUUGCGGUGUGGGUUAUCGUGUCAAAAUGGGGCUUCUUCUCUAAACGUAGCGUGGGAGCACGUGCCUUUUUAUGGUAAAACCACACUUAAGACAGCUCUUUCGCUCGCCUUUCCUUGGGUAUUUGAGUUGGGACAGAGCCGUUCCAGCAGGUUUAACCCAGACGUUUUCGUGCAUUCCACCAGCCCCGCAAGCGAAAGGCAGAGCGUCUUUCGAACCGCUCUGAAUCUCAAAGGGGGGGCGGAAAUAUCUUUUUCCCUUCCCCCUUUACUGGGAUCGGCGCACCGGCUUUUGAGCUGUCGCCAAACCACACAGAGCUUUCGCGUCUUUCAGCUUCCUUUUAACUCCUUGCGGCACGCUGUGCUGUGCCAGUUGGGAGCAUCUGAGGUUACGGGCUGGCAAGCUGGUUUGUCUGGGUUUUUUGGGGUUGCGGAAAAAGCCCUCAUAAUAUUUUUCGUGGGACUGUCCCUGCUUUCGCUUCAAAACGGAACCAUUCCGUGUUCUGACUCUAGCACGGCCUGGGGCACGCAAACAUCUUAUUUUCUGGGUGGCGCCCGCUCAACGGGUUCAAAAUGGUUUUCAACGUCGCGCUUAAUAAACCGAGUCGGAUGCCCAGAUCUGCGUCUAAGAUAGUGAAUAAAGAACCUUUGAACCCUUCUU